AUGAACCCAAGUCUUCCUCUUCCACCAAUAUCUGAAACAGAGCUCGACAAGGGGCUACUUAAUUUAAUCAACAGAAAAUUGGUUCCUUCAUUUAUUGACCUAUCACCAUUAGUGAAUACAAACGAAGAAAACACACCAUUGGUGGCACAGCCUGCAGUCCUUAAUCCUUUUCAUACUCAGCUCAUCAAGAAGCAAGUGCAGACAUCUGAAGAACAAAAACCUGUACUUUUCAAAAUGCAAAACUCCUCUCGAAGCUUACAUGACCAAGCAUGCAUUCAAGAACCUCGAGGUAGCCGAAAGAAAGAGGCACCAACCAUCAUACCUUUUGGUAACCAAAAAAUAAUUAAUGUCAAGAGUGAUAACGCAUCAAUCUAUUUACCAAAGAAUGCAAUACAACAACCUCUCAACUCAACUCUUGAUCCUACCGAGGAUCAAAAAUUGAACGCUCUCUUUGAGGCGAAUCACGAAAAGAAAAAACAGCAAUAUUUAAGAACGUAUUUGGAUCUCAUGGAUGAGUACAGCUUGCACCAUGUCAUCGUACGGCAUGGAACUUUACUAAACAAUACCCCAGAAUACUUAUCUUUUUAUCGAACUUAUCAGUAUAACUGGCCUAAAAUCUAUGGAAUUCUAAUGCUUCUAGAGAGACUUUUGAAAGAUUUUUCAGUUCCGCUGGCAUAUGUGGAUGGUAAAAAAGUUGUAUUUUUAGCUGAGAAGACUGUAGACCCCACCAAUCAACAAUUAAUUGAUUGUCUUGUAAAUAGUGAAACUGUAAUUCCAUAUAUCCAUCUACCUGACGUGAAAUUUUUAGGAAGAAAUGGUCCAAAUUUGGCUGCAACAGCUAUUCAACGAGUUUGGAGAGGAUAUUCUCAACGAAACAAGUUCAAAGAGCUUAAGAGACAACACCAUAUGGCUUCCAUCAUUCAGAGAUGGUGGUUCUUAAGGACACGUUUAUUUCGAACUAAAGAAAGGAUUCAAAAACUUCUUUAUGACGAAGAAUUUAAAUGGAAAUCGAAAAUGGAAGAGUUUAAGAAAAAUUGGGACACCAUCAAGAAAGCAAAACGAACAAUUGUUCAUAUUAAUUCUUUAAGCUAUGAUGAGAGCGUGCGAAAAACAUUUCCUAAAUUUAAAUCCCACCAAAAUUCACAAUUAUUUAGGUUGCUCGAUCUGUUGGAUCCUAAUGUAGACAUAAUAUUUAUUGCAUCAUAUCAUAUUGACAGCGAUGCUUUAUCCUAUGUGGUAAAAUUGUUAGAAUAUUAUGGUGUGGAAGAGCCAAUGAAACGAGUGAAAUUUGUAACACCUGAAAAUAGUGACAAAUUCCAAGAAAACCUAUCCUUGUCGACCCUUGUUUACUAUUCUCAACGAACUUUAAAACAUAUCAAAACGCUGGUAAUGGGUAAGGUGGCUUUCAUCGUUCCAGGCCAUAUUGGAAAAGAUGAUUUGAGGUUGGCCAUUAAACUUCAGCUUCCAAUUUUAGGACCAGACCCUUUGAAUUCUACGAUAUAUGGAACAAAAUCUGGAAGCAAACGAAUCUUUUCACAAGCUGAUGUGAACACGCCAAUCGGUAUUUAUGAUAUUUAUGAAGAAGAAGACUUGAUCUCAAAUUUAACAAAAAAGAUCCUUGAAUAUCCCAACUUUAAUAGAUGGCUAAUUAAAAUUGACACCGAAAUGAGUGGACGAGGAUUAGCCUAUUUGGAAACAUCAAGCGUUCAUGCUGUCAAGGAAAAGAGGAAAAAUGAACCCCUUUUUACAGAUAGAGUUCGAACAAAAAUCCUAGAAGAACUCUCAGAAUACAUGCCUGAGAGAAUUAACCUUGUUUCAAAAUAUGUUUAUCCAAAGUGGAUGGAUUUCAUCACAUCUCUAAAAAAUAGUGGAGGAGGAGUAAUAGAGGCUGUGCCUAACAAAAUUAUUGGCUCUCCAACUGUGAAUUUGUAUAUUGAGCCAAACGGUGAGAUUCAAAUUCUUUCUGUUCAAGAACAAUUACUGAGUCCUCAAUAUUGCGCUCAAGGAUGUGCAUUUCCACAAUAUUCUGCUCCAUAUGAAGCGCUAAGGGAAGCUUCUCUAUCUGUAGGACAUGUUUGUUAUUCGAAGAAGAUCAUGGGAUAUCUUUCAAUUGAUUACGUUAUUUUUUUAGACGAGAAAGAAAGUGCAAGAAUGUGGGCUGUGGAUUUGAAACUGCGCUUGACAGAUAACUCUCUUAUGCAUCGUGUGUUUGAGCUAGUGACGAACAGCCAGUUUGAUAUGAAUAGAGGAAUAAUGGUGAGGAAAGAUCACGACAGUACAAAUGGCUUGACAGAAGUGAAGCGCUCUUACAUUUAUAGUGGAAUAAUGAGAAAUCCCUCAAUAAGCACAUGGCAUCACUCUUCUUUUUUCAAUGAUUGCAGAAUGAAUGGUCACUCGCUGGAUUGUGUUGGACAAUUUGGAGUUGUUUUCCAACAAGUGGAUUCUCUGCUAAGAGGUCAGCUUGGGGAGCUUUGCAUUGGGAAAAACUCUGAAGAAGCCAUCAGUUUUUUCACCAGUCUCGUUGAAUUUAUUUCGAACAUGACCAACGAUGAAGAUCAUGGCCUUCCAUUCGGUUACGAAUCCAAUUUGUGCAACGUGGAGGCUCUCUCUCGUUGGUUGUCUUCUGCAUCCCCAUCCACUCGUAACUCAUCAAGUAGUAAUAGUAGUAGGACUUGUGAUUUGAGCAGCAGCAACAUAAAUUGA